GUUGAAGGCGUUGUCGUUCGAAAUGGCUUUGAAUAUGGCUAUAAAUCCCGACUAAUUUCGCUCAUACGAUGGCUUGUUGCGGUGGCGGUUAUCCGGAAUAUCGUUUUCAAACUUCAGUCGAUAAAAAUUUCUUCUGUCCAAUCUGUACGGAUGUAUUGAAAGACCCAGUACAAUGCCACAACCAACACCUUUUUUGUAGAGCCUGUAUAACAGAGCAUCUUAAGAAUUCCCAGACGUGCCCCGUUUGUAUGGAAAAACUCACGGAAGAAGCGUUAUCCAAGCCAGCAAGAAUUGUGACAGGCUAUCUCGAUGGUUUGAUGGUCAAUUGCGAGCACGAGGAACGAGGAUGUGUUGAAUUGGUCGAGCUUGGCUGUCUUGAAACUCACAUUUCCGUGUGCGAGUAUAAACCUGUAACGUGUCCUAACGCAAGAUGCGAGGCUGUUGUAAACAUGGCAGAUUUAGACGAACACACGAGCGAGGUUUGUGAAUACAGACAAGUAUAUUGCGAAGAAUGUGACGAGAACAUGUCUCUCAAGAAAUAUGGAAAACAUGGCUGUUUUAUAAGCAAAGAUGUUCAGGCAAUCAAGGUUGUAUUGUUUCAAGUGCAACAUCAAGUCAAAGAAAUGUCGAACACGCAGAAAGAAAUCCUUGAAGCAAUCCAAAAUCUUACAACUGCUAGUAAAAUGAGCACAGUGAAAGGCGAAGCUGCAUCCACCAGUGAGACAAAACCGCAAGGGGACAUUGUUGUAAUUGGUGGACAAAAUGGUGUAUUGAUGAGCAGUAGUUGGCUUGAUUCUGUUGAAAUGUACUCCCUGGCCAAUAGAACAUGGACUAAAUUGGCACCAAUGCAAGAAAAGAGAGCAGCUGCAACUGCACAUUUAUAUAAUGGUCGAGUCAUGGUUACUGGGGGUCGUUGUGAUAGAAGUAAUGUAACUAGGAGUAUGGAAUACGUUCGAGUUCGUGAAGAAUCAGAAAAAGAUAGUUGGGCCACUGUAUUAUGUGAAGAAUCUGGUUGGGAACCUUUCUUUGCUGAAUAUGGUCGGUAUAAAAGAAGACCAGAGCAUCGUAAUAGGGGUCACAGAGAUGAAUUUUCUUCACUUCAAUGCAGACUACCAUUUCAAUGCCUUGGUCACAAAACAGCCAUCCUAAAUCACCAUUUGUGGCUUGUUGGAGGCGUUAUUUUUAACGGGCCACAGCGAAGCUUAAAUGCCUCCAUUCACAUGUCACCUAUUCAUUCACCUCAUGCCUAUAGCUUUGUGGUCAAGUGUCGAAUGCCUAAACCACUUUCAUUCCAUGGUUUGGAAAUAGUUGGCAAUGAACUCUUAAUCAUUGGAGGAUCAACGACUGGUAGGAUGUGUGAUGCUGUUAGCACUGUAUUGUCAUACAAUACAGCAACCAAUGCACUCAGAGGAUUGCGGCCACUUCCAUUUCCAAUGCUUGACAUGGCAACUGUUAAACAUGGUGAUGAUGUGAUCAUUAUUGGAGGAAGCAACAAUGAUGAUGAGUAUUUGAACACAGUUUUCAAGUACAACCAUAAGAAGCGUGAAUGUGAGCAACUACCAGGAAUGAAACACAAGAGGUCUGAAUGUGCUGCUGUCAUUUCUGGAAACAAAGUGUUUGUGAUGGGCGGGUACAACAAAGAGCAAGGAUAUCUCAGUUCUGUCGAGUGCUUUGAUCUUGAGAGUCAGAUUUGGCAUGAACUUCCAUCCAUGAAUGAAGAAAAAUAUAAAAUAGCUGCAGUUUUAGUGCCUUGAGGGAUUGCCUUGGUCACCCCCUGGAGGUUUACAGCUAGGGGAUGCGAUGCUACAACCUGUCUUUUGUCCACCUGCCCUUUGAACAGGUAUUUUUGAAUGUGGAUGGGCAAAUAGGUAUUCAUACCUAAAAACUCCAUUUUUUGUCUUAAGGUAAUUUUGAUAUAACAUAUUGACAUUUACCGGGAUUAAUACAAGCAUUUUAAUUUGAGUUUUAGUAUGAGAGCACUUCCACCAAAACCGCCACCCCCAGAAAACUCUUGAUUUUUGGAUUGAAGAAAUUAUUGAUUUUGC